ACUGCUGCGGGACGUCAACAACCCACAAGUACGCUCUCACAACCCACGCCGAGGUGCCGAAUGGGUGGAGCGGAAGAGCAAGUUCCCCAGUAUACCAUUCACAGAUCAUACUCGCUGAGCGUCAGUUUGCUGCUCAGACCAGGAACAGUGGUAGACCACUGAAAUUGGCAGUACACCAGGGAACGAAGUGCAAGGCUCUUAAUGGGAAUGAAUGACUAUGAUGGAAUCCAGCAGCAACACACACCUACUGAUUAAAUAUAUUCGGCCUAAUUCAGCCCAUUUUCCAGCGCCCCUGUUUGAACGAUGAAGGCCAUGCUCCACGCUUUCAGUUUCUUCCUGAUCUGUGUGUUGGCCUACUACGUCGCCGUGGUCAUCCAGAGGGAAGAGAAGCAGUCCCCGGGGAAGCACAGCGAGAGCCCCCGCAGGAGCCAGAAGGCCAGCGGCUCCGCCCCUGCGCCGGUGGAAGAGCCCCCGCUGUCACUCCGAGAUGCGGAACGCCAGGCAGAUGUGCCGGUUGGAGACCCCGCGGCGGAAGAAGAGAACCAGCAGCUGCCGUCGCUCCAAGGCGUGACGACGGCUCCAGACCACGACGCAGAUGUGCCGGACGAAGUUCCCGGGGGUCAAGAAGAGGAGAACCAGCAGCCACACCCCCUGGCCCGAGGCUGGGGUGCCGACAUUGACUGGGUCGAGACGUAUGAGGAAGGCCUCAAGGUGGCCAAAGCCAGCCAGAAACCUCUUAUGGUCAUUCACCACCUGGAAAAUUGUCCCGUAUGCAAAGACUUGAAAGCAGCGUUCUCCAGCCAUGAGGAGAUUCAGAGGAUGGCGAAGGAGGACUUCAUCAUGUUUAACCUGGUGCACGAGACCGAAGACCGCAAUCUCGCCCCUGACGGCUACUAUGUUCCCAGGAUCCUUUUCAUCGACCCAGCAAUGGUGAUCAGAGCUGAUAUCGCUACAAAGAGCGAGAACUACAGAUACAGCUACACACAUAACGAUAUGCAGCUAUUGAUGGAAAACAUGAAGAAAGCGAAGACACCUCCUGAACAAUCUGAACUGUAGCCUCCCUCCCAGUGGCUCGCCACCAUCAGCACCAGCUAGCAGAAGCCCAGGGAAUCUUUCUGGCUUUGUCCGUAGAUAAUAAAUGUAUUUCAAAAGGUC